AAGCGCCAACCUUGCGUCGCUUGCCGGAAGUGCUUGUUGGGAGACUUGCCGGAGCUCGUAGCGUAGCAACGGUGACGCCGGCCGGGCCUUUGGCAACCACAACCGGGCGGCGGGGCGCCAUGCCGGUGUGGCUGCGCGACUACAGCUGGGAGCAAACGGCCUCCGCCGUCUACCUGGCGCUCCCUGUGCCCGCGCACGGCGUCCGCCUCGGCCGCGCCGGCGUCUUCUGUACCGAGCAGUACCUCAAGGUGAAUUCUCCUCCAUUUUUAUUUGAAGCCAUUCUGUAUGCUCCAAUAGAUGAUGUCCGCAGCACAGCGAAAAUCGAGAAGGAUUCCAUCUUCUUCACCUUGUAUAAAAAAGAAACAGGCAUGUGGAAAUCCCUUGUUAUGGCAAAUGGUGACAAAAAGAAAAUGCAGAAAAUCCGAGAGGAUGCUGUUCUCAAAGCCCAAGAGAGUGCAAAAGAAGAAGCAGAACAAAAAGCUGUUCAAAAGCGAGAACGUAGCAAAUUUGCUCUGGAGGCCACAUUGAAGCUAGAAGAAGCAGAAAGAAAAAGAAUAGAAGACAUGAAAGAGGAGGAGCGGAAAAAAGCCACUGAGGAGCUUGAGAAAUGGAAAGAGCAGAAUAAGAAGCAAAAGGAGGUGCAAGAAAAACAGCAGCUGCAUCAGAAAAAAGAAAAAGUGCUACAGAAAACCAAGCAAGAGAAAAGCAAAAGGAAGCCUUCAAGUAGAGGGACAUCUAAGCCCAGCAGAGUGACAGGAGCUGGAAUUUCUGGAAAUAUGUUUUCAGAGAAGGUGAAGGAGGAAUCUGUCCCUGCUCCUCGGCCUGCUGGCAGCGUCCUAAUAAACUUCACCCCUCGUGCCUUUCCUACAGCUCUCAGAGAAUCCAGGGUUCCAGAAGAGGAGGAGUGGUUAUGUAAGCAAGCAGAAGCUUUCCGAGCAAUAAAUGCAGAUAUUGCUGAGAUUGAUGAUUUAAAAGAAGAGGAGAAGAACCCAGAGUGGUUGAAAGACAAGGGAAAUAAAAUGUUUGCAACCGGAAACUACCUUGCUGCCGCCAAUGCCUAUAAUUUGGCAAUUCGUAUCAAUAAUAAGAUCCCAGCAUUAUACUUGAAUCGAGCUGCUUGCCACCUGAGGCUGAGAAAUCUACACAAGACAAUUGAAGAUUCAUCUAAGGCUCUGGAUUUACUGACUCCCCCUGUUCCAGACAAUGCUAAGGCUAGAGUGAAAGCUCAUGUGAGGCGUGGGACAGCAUUCUGUGAGCUGGAAUUAUAUGCUGAAGGUAAGGAGAGGUCUUCAAGAUUAUCUUGCUGCUCUCAAGAUUGAGCCUACAAAUAAAAAUGUAGAGGAAGAUGCUGCGAAGAUUCGGGGCAUAAUUCAAGGAACAGAGUGAUCCUGUCAAAGUGGCCGGAGUUUGCUGCACAGUUAUUAGACAUGUCAGAGCAAAGCUUGGUGUGACUUAUCCUUAGAUGGGGUUUUGCUGCUAAUUGGCCAGAUAUUUUGCCUUUGUUUGAGUACAGUAUUUCUAAGUAAAGUAGAUUAUAUUUUGUCAUUUUAUAAAUAUGUUUUAUAUAAAAUGCUCCCUUGAGAGUUAACACACACCUUUUCUAAUUUACUCUUAAUAAAGUAGAGGAUGACCUAA